CAAGCACUUCCGCUUUAAGCCGGAAGCGCUCUGGCUCGCGGGGGAGAGUCAGUCGGGAGCUGAGGCGACCGCGCAGCGUGGCUGCGAGAGCGACCCGGCUGCGGUACUUGAGGACUCCGGCGGGCGCAGAGAUGUUGACUCCCGCCUUCGACCUCAGCCAGGACCCCGACUUCCUGAUAAUAGCCAUCCGCGUGCCCUACGCCCGCGUCUCCGAGUUUGAUGUCUACUUUGAGGGGGUGGACUUCAAGUUCUAUGCCAAGCCGUACUUUCUCAGAUUAACCCUUCCUGGGAGAAUUACAGAAAAUGGAAAUGAACAAGGAUCCUAUGAUGCAGAUAAAGGGAUUUUCACCAUUCGACUGCCAAAAGAAACUCCUGGCCAACAUUUUGAAGGCUUGAACAUGCUAACUGCUCUUCUGGCACCAAAGAAAUCCAGGACUGCAAAACCACUUGUGGAAGAAAUAGGUGCUUCCAAGGUUUCUGAGGAAGAGGUGGAGGAUGAGGAUGAAGAGUUUGAUUGGGAAAUUGAACAAUCUCCCUACACCGAGGAAUCCGAAAGUGCUCUGGAUCCACAGUGUUGCUAUGGAUUUGGAAACUUACGGUCUGGAGUCUUCCAGCGGUUACAGGAUGAACUGAGUGAUGUCAUUGACAUAAAAGAUCCAGAUCUCACCCCUGCUGCAGAAAGAAGACAGAAACGCCUGGCUGCUGAAUUGACCAAGUUUGAUUCUGAUCAUUACCUAGCUGACUUUUUUGAAGAUGAAGCAGUUGAACAGGUUUUGAAGUAUAAUCCUUGGUGGACUGAAGUAUACUCUAAAAGGGUAACCUCUUUGGGAGAGAAUCGGGAGCAAGAAAAUCAUGAUGUAUUAGUGUCAUUUUCUGAAGAGGAGAAAUACCAGCUUCGAAAAUUCACCAAUAAAUCUUACGUGCUGGACAAGAGAGCUCUUCGUCAGGUGUACUACAGUUUGAUCGACAUCCUUUUGGCAUAUUGCUAUGAAACACGAGUCACCGAAGGAGAGAGGAAUGUCGAAUCUGCUUGGACUAUCAGAAAGCUGAGCCCGACACUGUGCUGGUUUGAGACUUGGACUAAUGUUCACGAAAUCCUGGUGUCUUUUGGAAGAAGAGUUCUGUCCUUCCCACUUUAUCGUCAUUUCAAGCUGGUGAUGAAAGCCUACAGAGACACUAUAAAGAUACUGCAACUAGGUAAAAGUGCAGUUCUAAAGUGUCUACUGGAUAUCCACAAAAUUUUUCAGGAAAAUGACCCAGCUUACAUUCUCAAUGAUCUGUACAUCUCAGACUACUGUGUGUGGAUUCAGAAAGCCAAGUCCAAAAAGUUGGCAGCUCUUUCAGAAGCCUUGAAGGAAGUAUCUCUGACAAAGGCCCAGCUGGGGCUGGAACUGGAAGAACUGGAGGCAGCAGCACGUCUUGUCCAGGAGGAAGAGACCGCAUCAAAAGCAAGCCAUUCUGUUUCCGGGCAGCAGACUUCUUGCUCCAGCUCUGAAGGAAGUGACUCAGAGGAGUCAGGGAGCACCACAUCUUCUGAGACCCAAGACUCAGAGUCAGAACAAGAGGAGCCCAGUGAGAGUAAAUCUGAGGCAACAGAGUCUUUGUGUGGCCCAUUUGUGGAGGAAAGCAGCGCCCUGCUCAUUGAUGCGGGUGGGCCGUGCAGAGACCCUGUACCGAGCGCCGAUGAGAGCCAGGAGAAGCCAGGCACCUUAUCCACAGUUCUCGAUAGAACUGGGCCUCUAAUCGAGGAGCUGGGAGAACAGUUGGCGACUGUAGUUCAGAUUUCUGGGACUGAGAGUGAUGCUGCUGGAAACCACAGCAGUGUACAGAACAGAGACACCACUCAGACCCCAUGUGAUUGACUCUAAAUGGAGAGGUGGAUGUCAGACUGGGCUUUACUCACAGAAUUAGAAUCCUCCACUUGCACUGUAUUUUUCCUUGAGUGUGUACAACAUUGUUUCUCCAAUGAACUAAUGUGUAUACCUGUCAAUUUCCUUGCCACUUUAAAAAAUAAAGUUCUACACAGGUGGGAAGCCCUGUGUUCAACCCCAUGUAACACUUUAAAGAUAAUAAAAGUACUAACAUAUUGAUAUUUUAA